UCGGGGGAGUCAGCGGUGAGUUUCCCCUUCUACCCACAAGCUGACCCUCCCAGCAAUCCUGUGACAGAAGCACUCUUGCUUUUGCAGCUGACAGAUUUGAGGCACAGAUUUGUUUAAAGUUCACACAGAGGGGCCAUCUGGGCAGGUGCCUACGUCUCAUGGCCUCUCUCUUUGCCGGUUCGGCCUCCCCAGGACUCUGCCCUCUCCCUGAAGCAGCAGGAGAAAAUGACCAAGUUUCAGGAGGCGGUGACAUUCAAGGACGUGGCGGUGGUCUUCACCAGAGAGGAGCUGGGCCUGCUGGAUCCCAUCCAGAGGAAGCUGUACCAGGAUGUGAUGCUGGAAAACUUCAGGAACCUGCUCUCUGUGGGCUGUGAACCCUUCAGAUUAGAUACGACAUUACCGUUGGGGAGAAAAGAGAAGCUUUGGAUGCGGGAGACAGAAACCCAGGGGGGUCGGCGUUCAGGGCUCAGGAAUCGAAAUGAGAUAGAGACUUUUCAAAAAGUAGGACUAAGCUACCUUUUACAUGAAGAUGUUACAUGCUGGUAGUUGUGGGAACAAUUUACAAGUAAAUUAGCCAGAAAUCAAGACUCCAUAAUAAAUCUGCAAAGCAAGAAGUCCAAGUCGCCAAAACAAAGUGGUUCCUCCUGUCAGAUGUGGGCAGGAGAAUCUCCUCUGGUUUCUGAAGGUGAAAACUAUGUAAUAAAACUUCAAGAGAGUUCCAAUAAUAUCAGAAGUCGAGAGUUUCCAAUUAAGAUCACUGGUGAUUUCUGGAAGAAAAUCUGUCUGAGAGAGUCACACAAUUACCAGAGGAGGUGUCGGCAGGUUGACAUAAAAAAUAAACCGUAUAAGUGUGACUGUUUUGUUACGACAAGGACCUCCCAUCAUCAUGAUCAGGAAGAACAUGAAAGCAGGAGGGCUUGUAGCCAUAGUGAUUGUGGAAAAGACUUCACAAGGGAAUCAUGUCAAAAUAGCAUGACCCACUCAGGAGGGAAGCACGAUGUAUGUAGUAAGUGUGGGCAGGACAUCAGUGACAGCUCGGUGUUUUGCAUUUGCCAGAGCAUUCACUCGGGAGAAAUGUGGUGUGAUAUGUGUGGGAAGGGCUCCAGUCAUAGCCUACAUCUCAGCAUUUGCUGUGUAGAUGACACUGGAGAGAAAUCCUCUGAUUGUGAGAUAUGUGAUAAAGGCUUCAAUCAGACAUCACAACUUCAGGCCUAUCAGAGAGCCCAGCCUAGAGACAGAUCCUACAAAUGGGAGGCAUGUGACAGGCUAGUUAAUCAGAAUCCUGGUCCUCUCCAGAGAGUUCACUUGGGAGAGAAACCAUAUAAAUGUGAGGUAUGUGGGAAGGACUUCAGUAAGGCCUCAAAUCUUCAAGCCCAUCAGAGAAUCCACACCAGAGAGAAGCCAUAUAAAUGUGAUGUGUGUGAUAAGAACUUCAGCCGGAAUUCCCACCUUCAGGCCCAUCAUCGAGUCCACACAGGAGAAAAACCAUAAUGUGACACAUGUGGUAAGUACUUCACUCAGAUUUCCCAUCUUCAGGUCCGUCAGACAGUCCACACAGGAGAGAAGCCAUACAAAUGUGAGACAUGUGGUAAGGGCUUUUGUCAGAGUUCCCAUCUUCAAGACCAUCAGAGAAUCCACACUGGAGAGAAACCUUACAAAUGUGAUGUGUGUGGGAAGGGUUUCAGUUGGAGCUCCCAUCUUCAAGCCCAUCAGAGAGUCCAUACGGGGGAGAAACCCUACAAAUGUGAAGAACGUGGGAAAGGCUUCAUCUGGAACUCGUAUCUUCAUGUUCAUCAGAGGAUCCACACGGGAGAGAAACCCUAUAAAUGUGGCAUGUGUGGGAAGAGCUUCAAUCAGACCUCACAUCAAGCCCAUUGGAGAGUCCAUAUGGGAGAUAAACCCUACAAAUGUUUUGACUGUGGUAAGGGCUUUAGUAAAAGUUCAUGUUUUCAAGUUCAUCAGAGAGUCCAUAGUGGUGAUAAAUCCAGUCCAUGUGAUGAGUGUGAUAAAAAUGUUCUUCAGAACGGCGAGAUAGUGUGGCUGCACUUGGGAGACUUGGAAAAGAAAAAGAAUGUGGAGGAUUUGAUUCAGAAGCCCAGGAAGAGAGGUGAGAACAACAAGCGUCUCAGCAUAAUGACCUGGAAAUCCAACCAAAUUGUUGCUUGCAUCAAUAGUUUGUUCGUUGACCUUAAGAAGAAGAGUUAUGUUACCAGCAAAAAUGGGUUUAUUCGGGAAGAGCAGAGAUCGCAGUUUGGGGGCAACAGCAGCAGCAGAAACCACAGGGGACGGGCAGGUGGCCAAAGCAGGGCUUCACGGGAAACGUUUCAAGUCUUCGAGGAUAUCCCAAGAUCCCCCGAGAUGCUUGAGAACAGCAGUUCUGUCUUCCUGACUCUGACCGUCCCCAGAAAAAAAGGAGACAAUGACCGACUUUCAGGAAAGUCAGUUAUGUUUCCCGCUCUUGAAAGUAGCGGCCUCAUGAAGAAAGAACGAAGGGCCCUACAGUGCAACGUCACCGGUUCACCAGGACCUGGAACUUGA